CAUGAAGCUGCUAACUGUGUCUGCACUUCUCUGUGCAAUGGUGGCUCCAACCACGGCUGCUGAGGCCAGAGAUGACGUUGAGGGAUUGAUGCCCCCAGCCAAGAGUCACGUGGUCAAGAGGUCCCCUCGUUGUCCUCGUGGUUGGACUAAAUACGGUCGUCGCUGCUUUUUCUUUAAUUCAGCAAUCGCGAGUUGGGCUAAUGCUGAGUCUCCAUUGAAGAAAUCCUGCAAGUCCAUGAGGGCACAUCUUGCAUCAGUUCACAACAUCAAUGAGUACCGUGAGAUUCAGAGGCUGACUGGCAAAAAACAAAGUUGGAUUGGAGGAACUGAUGCACCAAAGGAGGGUAAGUGGUUCUGGAGUGAUGGGACCUGUUUUACCUAUCAAAAGUGGUGCUUUAGAGAGCCCAAUAAUGAUCGCAAUCAGGACUGCCUUCAGAUAAAUCGUGGAGUUUUCAAGUGCUGGGAUGAUAUGUGGUGUGAUGCUCAUCUGCCAUCUGUCUGCGCCAAGGAAAUCUGAUCAUUGGACUAAAACUGGAGCAUGAAAUUCCCAUAAA